CAACAAUAAUUAAUAAAGACCACGACAAACCGAUCCUGGCUUAGACUGUUGGCUACUGUUGAACUGAUGUUUGGAAUUUCUCGUCUCUAAAAAGAGGUUCUGCGAAUGACCGACUGUAAGCGCGUAAAGUAAUUCAGUAGUGUUUUACAAUUUUAAAAUGUCUGAAACACUGGCUGUUAAAGUCGUUCAAGGAAUAGCAUUCGGAGUAAUCACUUGCGUCUCUGUGUUUGGGAAUUCGCUGGUCAUCAUAGCAGUUUACAAGAACUCAAAUUUCAGGAACGCUUACAAUUUUUACAUCGUUUCGCUAGCAAUAUCCGAUUUAUUAGUUUCAGUGUUGGUUUUACCACCAAAUGCUAUAUUCACAUUGCAAGAAAAGUGGAUCCUUGGCCCAUUCCUAUGCCAGCUAUGGAUGAUGUUGGAUGUGAUGUUCUGUACGGCUUCAAUUCUCAAUCUUUGCGCCAUUAGUAUCGAUAGACUUCGGGCUGUCGUCACACCCAUCAGCUAUACCACUCACAAGUGGAGUGUGGGUGUCAUCAUUUCUCUCUCUAUCGUUUGGAUCACGUCGUUGAUAAUUGGGCUGUUGCCGAUUAUCAUCUGGACAGACACUGUCGUCAGUCGACUAAAUGAGACUGAAAUAUGUGAACUUCCAGUAGAUCCCAUUUUCGCAACAGUAUCUUCAACCUUCUCGUUUUUUGUUCCGUGUAUUUUAAUUAUCAUCUGUUAUAUUGUGAUUUUGUCGGCACUUAAGAAACGAUUAACGGAGAAAAUGUCCAAGAUUGGACCCACUGGCAUUACCGAGGAUGCUACCACCAACGUAGUUGACGUUGACAAAGAGGGUGUGACAACGGUGAGUGGAAAGGUUGCGACAAAUGUGUCACUCGACGACUCUUCAACUCAGGAGCAAAAUGCCGGGGGAACGACAAAAAACAUGAAAACAAAAGAUGCACCUAAAACGAACAAUUCACAGAUACAAGCUGUUUACAAGCGCGAAAUGAAAACAAUGAAGACACUAGGUAUAGUUUUGGCUGUUUUUAUCAUUUGUUGGAUGCCAUUCUUUGUUUGCAACGUCAUCAACUCAGUGAGUGGACCUGUCAAUAUGAACCUAUUCAUAGUUGUCAUCUGGAUGGGGUAUAUCAAUUCAAUGAUCAACCCUAUCAUAUACAGCUUGAAGAACAAGGAAUAUAGGAAAGCAUUUAAAAGCAUAUUACGAUGUGGAUAAAAAUUAAACUGACGAGUAAGAAACAACUAAUUUAAUUAAGAAAGUAUUGUCCCUUGGGACGUCCCUGUAUAUAGUGGACCUCAAUGUGUAAUGCUUUUAAGACGCAUUUAGUACUCACGGACGAGUAGAAACAAAGGACGAUAAGUAUUCGAGGACGAAUAAUAAAAAAGGACGACGAGUACUCGAUGACGAUUAAUAGUGUCAAACGGUUAUGCUCAAGGACGAUCUGUACUCAAGUACGCUUGAUAAUGAUUGAUGAACUCACUGUUCGAAAACAUUAAACAUUUUAGUUUCACGUUUGCACGUUUGUCUUUGGUAUUGUUCCUGUGCAAGAAUAUCACGUUCCAUGUUGAAACCUUUAUAAUGUAGACGUUCUUUAAAUAUAGAACUGCUUACAAUAUC